AUGCCCCGGCCCAAACCCACCCCCCGACGGCGCGGGCGUUCCCCAGCCCCCCCAUCGUCCCCGCCGCUGGCACGCAGGUGCCACCCAGGGCGGCGGGCAUUGCAGGAGAUCCGCAAGUACCAGAGCAGCACCCGCCUGCUGCUGUGCUUCGGCCCCUUUGCCCGCCUGGUGCAGGAGCUCUGCCUGCUCAUCACCCGCGAUGUUGAUUGCCGCUGGCAGAGCAUGGCCCUGCUGGCACUGCAGGAGGCAGCAGAGGCCUUCAUGACAAGGCUGUUGGAAGAAGCAUACCUGUUCUCGCUGCACACCCGCCGAGUCACCCUGUUCCCAAGGAUCUGCACCUGGUCCCGCACCUGCUGGGACCCGAGCUGGGGGGCAUCUGAAUGA